GCGGUAGGUUGCGUCGCGCAGAAAGUCACCUCGAGACAGCAGCUAUUGACGAGCUAGCGGCGCUAGCAUGGUCAGAGUCGGGCUCGAGGAAGGUCAAUAGCAGCAGCAUCCUGUCCGUGUCGAUCCAGCUGUUGUUUAUUCAUCUGACAUUGACCAGCAAACGGACGAAGAACAAAACUUUAUCAUUUUAAACUGAGGAACAGAAGCUGCUGUUGACAAGCUUCCGCUCGCGGUGUCUUCGUCUCUGUCCGGAUCAUCUUCAAUCAUGGCUGCGCUCAGAGCCUCCUACCACCGGAUCCUGGACCGGAUCGAGCACAUGCUGCCCGCCAAGCUGAGACCUCUGUACAACCACCCGGCAGGUCCAAAAACUGUUUUCUUCUGGGCUCCGAUGUUUAAAUGGGGUCUGGUCGGAGCUGGUUUGGCUGAUAUGACUCGGCCAGCAGAGAAACUUAGUACCUCCCAGUCUGCAGUGCUGACAGCCACAGGCCUGAUCUGGUCCAGAUACUCGUUGGUCAUAAUCCCGAAGAACUGGAACCUGUUUUGUGUCAACUUCUUUGUGGGCAGCGCUGGAGGCUCCCAGCUCUACAGGAUCUGGAGGCACAAGCAGGAUCUGAAGGCUCAGGAAGCUGCACAGGCGAAAGAGGCUGCUGCAGAGUCCUGAGUGCACUUUCCUGUUUGCCAACGCUCCUCUGCAGCGGACUGAAAAGGGAGACUACACACCGGGCACGAACGUCGCCCCCUCUAAUCAUCUCCACGUCAUCUCCGUAACAUCCAUGCCAUAACCAUUAACACCGUCGUCACCGCUUUAAGCCUGUCGUCCCUGUUUGGAAAUAAGUGUUCAGAUUUCCGUCAGGGCGCCAACAACAGACCGGAACAAACGUUUUUUUUAACUGUAGUCAACACACACUCAAGAUUCAACAACGCACAAGUACUAUUUGUUUAACGAGCUGUAUGAUUGUACGUGUUUUUAAUUUAUCCCUUUAUCUCGUGUACCACUCGGGAGAUUUUUGCUUUUCCAUCACGAGUGUUCAGGUGUAGCAAACGGUACCUCAUGCAAUAAUUCUCCCAUCCCUCAUUUCUUCCCCUCUUGGAUUUGUGUUGAACAGAGUUUAAGGAAUGUUUCCACAUGAAAUUUACUUUAUUUAUAAUUUGGUUACAGUCACGGCACCUGUAAUUAUUAAAUAAUUCAUUACCCUGACGAUUCCUUCUAUCUGGAUGGCUUUAAAUCUUUUAACGUGAGUGAGAGCGAAUCCUAAUCGAUGAAUCACUUGAUUAAAAAAUGUCUCUUGUAGUCGAAACAUUGUUAGAAAGACGCGGUUAUGUUCUGAAUCUGUUCUUAGAAAGGUGUUGUAUAUUUUUCCUGUGUAUAAAUACCUUCUUUGACGUUGCACACGGUGCUCAUUAUCAGUAUAACCUCCCCCUUUGAUUAUUUAAAGCAAUAAUUGUCGUCACUUUUUAAGUAUUUCUUGAUCUGCUGUCCGAACAAAUGGCACUUUUGAAGGUUGAUCAUUGGCUCUGUGGCUAUGUAAUGUUAAUAAAUCCCAUUUAACACACUC